UUUACUCAGACUGCCAGUGGAGUCACUGCUUUAAAGCUCUUCUCUUCUUUUUCUUCUUUCUCAACCAUUCCACAAUCGUUCUACCAAACGCUAGCCGCGUGAGCGCGCAAGAACUACCCUUGCCACCCAGAUCUCGGCUGAAGACGACGAUGUUCAGUUUGAGUGUAUUCCUCAGGAACAACCCUCAUUGAGCGCUGAUGCUACUUAGACCGCUAAAGCCCGUUAGUCACGAUGACGGACUUUGAGUCGAAGGAGACUGGGUCUGAUUACAGCCGAGGGUACUCGGAGACUAUUGAUGUCAUUCGAGAGCGUGAAUAUCCCUUGCUGAAAGAUAUAACCUAUCUUGAUCAUGCUGGGACAACGCUCUAUGCGAAGACCCUUAUCGAGUCGUUCUCGCGUGACCUUACCUCCAAUCUGUACGGCAACCCGCAUUCGUUGACCGCGCCAUCCCAACUAUCGACACAGCGCAUUGAUGACACUCGCCUACGAGCUCUCCGCUUCUUCAACGCCAAUCCAGAGGAGUUCGACCUUGUCUUCGUGGCAAAUGCCACCGCAGCUAUCAAACUGGUCGCUGAUGCUUUACGUGAUGCUACACCCCAAGGGUUCUGGUAUGGAUACCAUGUCGACGCACACACGAGCUUGGUUGGGGCCCGGGAGCUAGCAGCACUCGGAAGCCGGUGCUUCACGUCCGAUGAAGAAGUCGACCGUUGGGUGUCUGAGCCAGGCUCUGUCCCUGCGGAGGGCAACCGGCUGUUUGCGUUUCCUGCGCAGUCGAAUAUGAACGGGCGUCGAUUCCCGCUCGAAUGGAGUGAGAGGGUUCGGGCUUCCUCCCGCGGGAGCGUUCAUACCUUGCUCGAUGCCGCCUCUCUGGUCUCUACGUCUCCACUCGACCUGAGUAAUGCGGCAACCGCACCUGAUUUCACGGUUCUUAGUUUCUAUAAGAUCUUCGGAUUUCCGGAUCUCGGGGCGCUGAUUGUUCGCAAGAGUGCGGGGCACCUUUUCAACAAGCGCAGGUUCUUCGGCGGUGGGACGGUGGAUAUGGUUACAACGCAUGAGACGGCGUGGCAUGCGAAGAAGCGGUCGUCGAUACAUGAACAGCUGGAAGAUGGAACCCUGCCAUUUCAUAACAUCAUCGCAUUGGAUCUGGCUUUUGAGACACAUGCGCGUCUCUUUGGCUCGAUGGCAAAUGUCUCGACGCAUACGCGCUUCUUGGCCGGGCAGCUCUACGAUCGUAUGGUUGCGCUGCGCCAUCACAAUGGAGAGAGACUCUGUCAUAUCUAUACUUCGCCCCGCACAGACUACAGUGAUUCGUCUUCGCAAGGUCCGAUCCUGGCCUUCAACCUGAGAGAUCGACAUGGUACUUGGAUUGGAAAGUCAGAAGUAGAGAGAUUAGCGGGCGUUAAGAAGAUUCAGAUCAGAUCGGGGACCCUUUGCAAUCCCGGAGGCACGGCGGCUAGUCUAGAUUGGACCGGCGCGGACAUGCUCCGGCAUUUCUCGAGUGGUCUGCGUUGCGGCGACGAUCAUGAUAUCAUGGACGGAAGGCCAACUGGCAUCUUGAGAGUCAGCCUUGGUGCAAUGAGCAGUUUGGGUGAUAUCAAUACGUUCAUGGCCUUUUUAGAAGAGUUCUUUGUGGAAAAAAGCCCCGCUGUGACUUCGUUGGCAUCGCUAGCAGACAGCAACCUCGUUCAGGAGCCCGGAUUCUAUGUGGAGAGUCUAUCCAUAUAUCCCAUCAAGAGCUGCGCUGCUUUCAAAGUAUCGGAUGGUCAACGCUGGGAGAUUCACCCUGAGGGGCUGGCAUGGGACCGGGAAUGGUGCCUGAUUCACCAGGGCACUGGUGCCGCGCUCAACCAAAAGAGAUAUCCGCGUAUGGCGCUCAUACGGCCGACUAUUGACCUUGUCCGCGGACUUUUGCGGAUCACAUGUGGAGGUGCAUCUUCUGCACAUCACAAAACCCUCGAAAUACCCCUCCGACGCGAAAAUUUGAAUCUCGUGUCUACCUCGCUAUGUCAGAAUUCUUCCAAGCCUUCGACUGUCUGCGGUGACCAAGUCAUUGUCCAGGCGUAUACUUCACACGAGGUAUCUUCUUUUUUCUCUAGCUUCCUCAACGUACCUUGCACCCUGGCGCGGUUCCCUCCGCAGAUGUCAAUGAGGUCUGUUCCCUCCUCCGGUGCUCUCAUCAAUCGAAGUUCAUCUCUGCGGGCAUUGGGGACAAUGCCAGGCUCCUUCCCACAGGACCCUCUACAGGACCCUCUAGCAGCGCCGAAUAACCCCAUUCUCCUGUCCAAUGAGAGUCCAAUUCUUCUGAUCUCGCGCUCGUCCGUGAACCGUCUAAACGAGGCAAUCAAACGCAACAACGCUAGUGGCAAUGGCGGCAACAAUAAAGCUGUCGCGGCUGAUGUCUUCCGCGCCAACAUCGUGGUGGCCGAGAACCCGCCCAAGCCGGCGAACGCCGAGAGGCCGUAUGUCGAAGACGAGUGGCAGAGUGUGCGCAUUGGUCCAGACGGCAUCCUGUUCAAUGUCUUGGGGUCGUGUCAACGGUGCCAGAUGGUAUGCGUGGAUCAGUACACCGGUGUCCGUGGAGAUGAGCCUUAUUCGACCUUGGCAAAGACACGGAAACGCGGGAGCAAGAUCUACUUCGGACGGCAUCUCGGUCUGGCUUGGACGGGGUCUCCGGACGGGGAGGCGUCUCUCCCUGUGUCCCAGACGCUGAUGGUGGGUGACAAUGUGGAUCCAUCGUUUGGUUCGUGAUUGAUGAUAUGGCUGGACCAUCGGGGGUGUU